AUACUACUCAGAGAUGAACGAUUGCUAUACAAUACACGACGUGCUCAUCGUCGGUGCCGGGCCAUGUUCACUGGCUGUGACGGCGCGCCUCUGUGAGGAGACACCUUCUGCAAUCUUUACUGAUGAAGAACACCGCCGGUACCACUGGAUCAAGAGACAUGGAGAUCGAGCUUCCAUCAAGAACAAGCGGACUGGCCAGACCAAGCAGCCCAAGAAGUCACAGACCUGCCGCAACUACUCAACCCUGGUCUUGGAUGGAACAGGAAAUCAUUGGAUGGAGAGGUGGAACCAACUCUUCAAGACCUUUGAGAUAUCUCACCUGAGAAGUCCCAUGUUUUUCCACCCUGAUCCACUGGAUCGUGAUGGCCUACUAUCCUACACGUACGAGCAAGGAAGAGACAGAGAGCUCGUUGAAAUCCCAGAGUGCGUGGGGAAAGAGAUCAGCAAGCACAAAAAGAAGAAGAGGCUCAGCUGCAGGACUCACAGAGCAAGACCAUCUGUCACAAUCGACGAGCGGGAUCGCAAGGACUACUUCACACCCUCCAGAUCACUCUUCCAAGACUAUUGUCGGUGUCUCGUCGAUCGAUACGGGCUCAGGAAAGAUCUCAUACAGCAAGAGAAAGUGCAAGAUAUCGAUUUUGGUUUUGUCCCAGGUGUAUCUGAAACGGAGCAGAUAUUCACCACACGAUCCGACAAAGGUGUACAUUAUGCUCGCAGCGUAGUACUUGCAGUCGGACCAGGAAACGCACCAGCUAUUCCAGCUGGGCUAGGUACAGCAGACCAAGCAUGCUGCCAUGCAAUGCAAAUCGAAAUGUUUCCGGAUCCAUCGGUGAAGGCCAAACUGCGAGAGAAAAAAGAUGUAAACAUCGUGGUAGUGGGAGGCGGACUUACCUCUGCUCAAUUGACCAUGAUGGCAAUUAAGCAUGGAGCAAAGAAGGUGUUUCAUCUUGUCAGGGGUCGACUGAGGGUCAAACCGUUUGAUGUUGACCUUAACUGGAUGGGAAAGUUCCGCAACUUCGAGGAAGCCUCUUUCUGGUCGGCGGACACCGACGAAGAGCGUCUUGAACAGAUCAAGCAAGCUCGAGGAGGGGGCUCCAUCACUCCUCGCUACCACAAGCUUCUCAAGCAACACAUUUCUGCUGGGAAAGUUUGUCUGCACACACAAACGACAAUCAGAUCGUCGAGUUUUACUGAUGGAUUCUGGACGCUCGAAACGAACCCUCCCGUUGACUUACCAACCAUCGACUACAUCUACUUUGCGACUGGUAUUGCCAGCGACUUCAAAAGUUUGCCAUUCCUGCAGACAAUCAACCAAAAGUUUCCUAUCGAGUCACAUGGCGGACUUCCGAGCCUGACGGAUGACUUGAUGUGGAGAGACGAUGUACCUCUUUUUGUUACAGGACGGUUGGCCGCUUUGCGUCUAGGUCCAGGUGCUGGAAAUCUUGCUGGAGCUCGUAGUGGCGCGGAGAGAAUAGCAUGGGCUAUCGCGGACGUCAUACCGAAGGAAAGACACUGGGGGAACGAAGACGACUUGACGUAUAACUUCAAAACUGGCACAGGAGGACAAUAUUGUAGUCUAGACUGUGAAGCGUGUAUUUAGAUAUAUGUACUUGAGACACCUAUCAGUUCAGAGGUGAAAGCUGAAAAUGGACGCUAUGAGGCGGACCGUCGCCGUCUUCU